CUCACGGUGAAUGCGUGAGACUUGAGAGCCCUGUCUUGUCAUGGCGAGCAACAGGUCGUUUACUGGUGUUGUUGGCUCUCAUAAGAGGGAACAAGGGACAGAAACUGACAGAAAUCCGUCGUUAAUCCCUGAUAACUUUUAAAAUGGAGUGAACACGGAGCAGUUUUUCCGUGGGUGGACCCGGAGCAGAGUGAUUACAGAACGCUCAGAGCGGAGAGAGGAAUGUGCUUUCGCUCCAAUCCAGGCUUUGAUCACCUCCCCCUCAGCAGGCUGAAUACACCUCGUCUUUCCUUAAUUUAAGGCCAAUUCAAGCUAAAAUUAAGACAUUUAUUACACUAUUUGAGUAAUGCAAGCCUAUUUACGGCCUUAAAAUGAUGAAAAGUGAAUUUAAGACAUUAAGGUCAGGCAGGAACCCUACAAUAGACGGAAAUCCGUCGUAGACUCCCUGCAAAUAACGGAAAUCCGUAGUAGCGCCGGAGAACUUUAACCCCUGCAUUGUUAUGAAAAGCAUUAAUUUAUGCAUUUCUUGCAUAAAUGCAGUAAUGUAUGCAAGCACACAGGAAUGCAUAAAUGCAUGAAUGAACAAAAGAACCUUUUAAACAUCCGUUUUAGGAAGUUUUUUUUUUUUUUUUUUUGCAAAGUGUACAGCACUAAUUCACUGUGUUUAAUUACUGCCAAUCAAUCAUAUUUCAUAAUAGUAAAGUAGUCAGACAACCUGCUGUUAGAGAAUACUCUCUCAUAUGUCUGUUUUCUUUCUCUCAGUGUCUCUCCAGCCAAAGUUCCCACAGGUGUUUGUUGGAGAUGACGUCACUCUGAUCUGUAACCGUGAAGGAGGGAGUAAACCAACAAAAUGGUUUUUUAACAAAGAAACACAAACACAUCAGGAUUAUUUAAUGCUUCUUACCACAGUAACACCAGAAAACAGCGGGGUGUAUGAGUGUGAGCAGGGCGGCACGAGGAGUGAGCCGUUCACACUCACUGUACUGGGUAUGAACACCGUCCUAAACGUUCAUGAUCGUCUGUUCCUCCUGCUGUUUCUCAUGAUCUCUCUCUCUCUCUCAGAGCUGGAGCCUUACGCUCAGCUCUCUCCAUCUGCAGGAGGUGCUGUGAUGACCAAAGGAGAUGGAAGAAACCUGGUGCUGCAGGCAGACGAUGAUCUGAAGGACUGGGCUUGUUUUGUGUUGAGAGAAGUGAGCACCUUCCGUCUAGGAGUCAAAGUUGAUGAGAAGAUGAACAGAGCUUUUAUAUUUGCAGAAUUAAAGGAGGCAGAAAGAGCCACUUUCUGGUGCAAGAAAAAUAAAAGCGAUCUUCGAAGCAAUGCAGUGACGCUGAAAAAGACAGAGCUCAUGGUGAUGUUGGUUCCUCCGGCCGUUCCUGCGCUGCAGGGGGAGCCUGUGGCUCUCAGGUGUGUAGUCUGGGGUGGAGCGAAGCUGGAAAAGGCCGUCUUCUAUAAGAAUUCAAUAGAAAUCAAGAGCUCAUCUGAAGGCACAUACACCAUCACCAACGCCACACAAAGUGAUAACGGGAAGUACAGCUGCCACGCCACCUACAGGUUCAUCCACAUCAGUGCAGAGGCUGCACAGAAGGAAGGAGAUUCUGAUGCUCAGGAGUUAAAAGUUAUAGGUGGACCUCCUGCUGCAGUGAUUUCAGCGUCUACUAACAGUCUGCAGUGUUCCUGCCCUCACUGUCCUGAUGACUGCACAUCCUACCACUGGUAUCACACACUCUUUAAUGACUCAUACACACGCAAGAAACUAUCUGAAAACGACCAGUCUAUUACUGUAAAGGAAAAAGGACAGUACCGCUGCCGGAGGGAGUGUGGGAAAGGUUUCUCCCGUUUCAGCAACGUCUACAGCUACGAAGCACAAUCAGAUCCUGCAAACGUGAUGCCAAUCCUGGUGGCGGUGAUUCUGAUCGUUCUCGGGUUGUUGAUCGUCUUGCUGAUCGUCUUGCUGGUCGUGCUGAAACGCAGACGUGGAGGAAGCAACAUCAAGGAGACCAAACGGGAUGAAGACAAGACGACAGGUGGAGACUAUGAGCAAAUCCAACUCAAGGACAAGGAUAAGGCAGUUUACCACACCCUGGGCGAGAGCACGAGCAAGGACAAGGCCGAGGGGGGUUACGAACCACAAAAGAGGCAGGAGGAGGGGAUGUACCACACAGUAGGACCUGGAGAGGGUCAGAGUGACGGUGAAGGUGGGUACGAGGCUCUUAAGAGCGUCAAAGCCAAGGUGUAUCAGACACUGAGUUCAGACGACUCAAAAAAGCCAGCAGGAGAAGCAGAGGGAGGGUAUGAGCAGCUUCCUCAGAAAGGCAAAGAUUACGAGGCCGUGACAGUGGAGAAAAAUCCAUACGAAGAAGUGAAGAAACAGACGGGCAAAGAGAAAGAAUGAAGGAAUCUGGGAAAGACUAAGCACCACAAUAGUCAAAUGGCUGUUUAGUCAUUGAAGGCAAUGCAGUCUUUCUAAAAACCUUGCAAAAAGGUAAAACAGUUUAAUGCAGGUUAUUGUAUUAAAUGUAAUGUAUUACAGGAACACUUGGAACUCCAUUAAAAAAAAGAAAAAUCAUUUGCACACAUAUAUAUCUUUAUAUACAUAUAUAAAGAUAAAUACACACACAC